GCCCAGAAAAUGUAAUGGAUAAAAUAAGCACAACCGAAGCAGCGCUUGGAUUCAUCAGAAAAAUUGAUGAUACAAUACAUUGCGGAAAUAACGUUUACAUUUCACACAAAGCAUAUGACAAUGCUAAAAAUGAUGCGCACAAGAAUGAAAAGGCCGAUAAGCUAUUAAGCGGUUACAGUGCAUUUGUACGUAAUGUGGCAAUGUCUAUCAUCGGCGCUGAAACGUUGAUGAAAAGCAGUGUUACAGGGAAAAAAUGCAAUCGGCUCAAUACAACACCUAAGGAAAAAUUAGAUCCUAAACUCGUAGGUGCUGUUUACGGAAUAUUUGAGUAUUAUUUAAAAACCGAAAAACAAUUUAACGAAGUUGAUAUAGCAUUGCAUAAAAAACACGUCGGAGGUUAUAUUGCACAAAAAUGUUGUGACGUUAAUCGUAAAAAAAGCACGAAACCCCAAAAUACAGAUGGAAUUAACGACAUCCUAAUUCCCGAAAUAACAGAGACUACAGGAACACCGACAGAAAGUGCCAGCGAAGAAGACGAAGGUGGUGAUGAUAAAGAUGGAACAGAUGAUGAUAAAAACGGUACAGAUGAUGAUAAAGUCAGUACAGAUGAAAGUUCAUCUGAAAGUGCUGAGGAGGAUAAUCAAUCAAAUCAAAUAUAAUCAGCACGCUAAAGGAUUGUAGUCUCGAAACUCGAACUCUUGUCUUUCGAAUGCGCACACACGUGCAAGUGAUGGUAGUAGCGAGAUCUAGCGCCGUUUCAUUAUAUAUUAAUGUACGAU